GGCUGAGGCUGUGCGGCGGCGGCCGGAGCGGUUGGGGCGGCGCACAGGGCGAAGAUGGCGGCGGAGCGGCAGGACGCGCUGAGGGAGUUCGUGGCGGUGACUGGGGCCGACGAGGACCGGGCCCGCUUCUUCCUGGAGUCGGCCGGCUGGGACCUGCAGAUCGCCCUAGCGAGCUUUUAUGAGGAUGGAGGGGAUGAAGACAUUGUGACCAUUUCGCAGGCAACCCCCAGUUCAGUGUCCAGAGGCACAGCCCCCAGUGAUAAUAGGGUGACAUCCUUUAGAGACCUCAUUCAUGACCAAGACGAAGAGGAGGAGGAGGAAGAGGGCCAGAGGAGCAGGUUUUAUGCCGGGGGCUCAGAGAGAAGUGGACAGCAGAUUGUUGGCCCUCCCAGGAAGAAAAGUCCCAACGAGCUGGUGGAUGAUCUCUUUAAAGGUGCCAAGGAACAUGGAGCUGUAGCUGUGGAGCGAGUGACCAAGAGCCCUGGAGAAACCAGUAAACCCAGACCAUUUGCAGGGGGUGGCUAUCGCCUUGGGGCAGCACCAGAGGAAGAGUCUGCCUAUGUGGCAGGAGAAAGGAGGCGGCAUUCCGGCCAAGAUGUUCAUGUAGUGUUAAAGCUCUGGAAGAGUGGGUUCAGCCUGGACAAUGGUGAACUCAGAAGCUACCAAGACCCAUCCAAUGCCCAGUUUCUGGAGUCUAUCCGCAGAGGGGAGGUGCCAGCGGAGCUGCGGAGGUUAGCUCACGGCGGGCAGGUGAAUUUGGACAUGGAAGACCAUCGGGAUGAGGAUUUUGUGAAGCCCAAGGGAGCCUUCAAAGCCUUCACUGGCGAGGGUCAGAAAUUGGGCAGCACGGCCCCCCAGGUGUUGAAUACCAGCUCUCCAGCCCAACAGGCAGAAAACGAAGCCAAAGCCAGCUCUUCUGUCUCAAUCGACGAGUCACAGCCCACUACAAACAUCCAAAUACGGCUUGCCGACGGCGGGAGGCUGGUGCAGAAGUUUAACCACAGCCACAGGAUCAGCGAUAUCCGACUCUUCAUCGUGGAUGCCCGGCCGGCCAUGGCUGCUACCAGCUUUGUCCUCAUGACUACCUUCCCGAACAAAGAACUGGCUGACGAGAGCCAGACCCUGAAGGAAGCCAACCUGCUCAACGCCGUCAUCGUACAGCGGUUAACAUAACCGCCCGCCUGGCCGGCAGCCUCAUCUCCCUCCUGCGUCUCCCACGGCCAGCUGCCCCGCGGGGACCGCCUCUCCCGCCCCUUCCCGCACACCCAGCAGUCCAGUGCCACGUCUCCUCCGUAGCUCUGGGUUCUUAGAUCUCGGUUGGACAUUGGUUUUCUCCUUAGUUGCAUUUCCUGGGUUUUUGUGACGAUCAAUGGACUUUAAAGAAAAAAAAUAAAAAUAACCAAAAAAAUUGAAGGAAUAUCACCAGCAUGUUGUACAGAACCUCUCCCACUGAAGGCAGCUUUGAUUGCUGGAAGAUCACAUUAAUUUCCAGGGUACGUGGGGAGGAGUCUGCCUUCCAUCAUCUCUGCUUAGAAAUUGCUGUGACACACAGCUCCCAUCCACUAGUGUCCACCUGCCAUCCCUGAGAUGACUAGUAGAGGGUUUCCCGCUUUGUUGGGAAGGGAGUCGGGCACUUGAAGAAAGAGGCUCUGUAGCCACUUGCUCCCACAAGAACAAAUCUCUUGCUUAGAUAAAACUGGGCAACAGUAGGCAUGCCUAAAGUGUGAGGUCAGAUCUAGAUGCACACGAGCCCUUUAGGUGAAAAUAAAUACUUCCCUGUGCUCCUUUCACUCAAACCCUGGGAAAUUCAAGCUCCCUGGGCCUUGGCCAACUGGGAUUCUAACUAUGCCACCUGCCCAAGCCCUUUCCUCCCUCAUCUGGGCUACUUGCGCCCCGGAUCUCAGCUGUUCUGCCCUUGUCUGCCCUUGUCUUACUUACUCUACAUGGAGAGAUCUAUACCUGGGAGAUAGGGUGUCUUCUCAUUGGGAAGCUGCUCCUGCCAACCCAAAUGAGUGCAGAAUAAGCAUCUUGGCCUGGAAAAACAGAACCAGAAUGUCACUGAGCUAUCCACUGAUGAUGCAGGGCAAACCACAUGGGAGAGAAGGGAUGGGUUCCCGUUUUACCAGCCCCUUCUGUUAGUGUUUGCCAGAGACUCCUGAGUCCAUUUUGAAGGUGAGUAGCAUCCAUGACUCUGUGCAAGUCUUGUUCCCAGUACUCUGCUCUGCUGCCUUCCCACUGGCAGCAACUCAGGUAGUCUUUCCCCCUGAGAAAGAGCUCCCCCCAGAAGUGUACUUCCUGUGUAAGUUCAGUACAGGAGAAUUACAGGGGUCUUGGAUGAAAGUCUUUCCACUACCCUAUCCACUGAGCCCAACACUGAAUCACCACUGACUCAGAGUCUCCUGGUUUUGAAUCAUCAUAAUAUGCCUCACCCCUCUUCUCAGGCACUCCUUGCCACACACUUUCUCUUUCCUGCUUCACCCCUACGGCGAGACAAGAAUACUACUUCUACCCAGAGCUAGGGAAGGGCUUGGGGUUUCACCCAGUACCCAUCCCGAGUAAGGGAUGUGACUUGGUGUUUGUGAUCACAAACUGGUGGGGGCCUGCCAGGGGCAGCAGGAUCCAUGGCAUGUCUGGCAGGCAGAGGUGACUGGAAACUAGACAUGGGUCUGCAAAAAUUUUGUGAAUUGUUGUCACCUUGGCUAUUAAAAACCAGAAUGAGGA